AUGGUAUCAAAACGGUACUUCCAAAUGUUGACUGAAAUACUCAAAGGCGUGCUUCUGCUUCUCUGUGUGUAUGGCGCAUCAGACUACUCGCAGACAAAGGAAAGCAUCGAUCUGUCGAAUAGAAUUGCCGGCGGAAACCACGUGUACCUUACAUACAUCAGCCUUUACAUGACGAUCAUCACGCUGUUCCUCAGCUACCUAGUCAAGCACUUCGGAUUCUCAAGCAUCAAUGGCAUAUAUAGAGAUGCACUUGCAAUCACGCUGCCCAUCGAAGCACUUGUAACAUCAGUGUUCUGGACUCUCAACUCCAUAGACCCCACACUACUAAAGGACAGAGACCUGUACCUGGCAGGCAUCAGGACACCAUUCAUAAGCGAGCUUUCCAUUCAUCUUGUCCCAAUGAUCUUGCUUCUUGCAGACCAGUUUGGCGCUGAAAUCAAACACAAGAACCAUCAUUACCACGCACUAAUCAUUAUUCCACUUGCAUAUCUGUUUGUUAUUCAUUAUGUUUACUGGGCAAACAACUACUGGAUCUAUCCGUUCUUAGGAUGCAUUCCAGCCGUCAUGCGCAUCGGAUUGACUCUAGUAUUAAUUGUUUUGAUCCUCAUAUACUACAAUAUCUUCCAGGCAAUCUCAAAACUCCUCAUCAAAGGUAUUCCUGAACACUCAAAACACUCUCUGCCUCACACACAAUACUCCGAAGACUCAAAGAAUAAAUAA